CAGACUGGUAAUCACAUGACCUACAGUAAUGGAACGCAUGGAUGCUGCUGUGCUGGAGUAAAACAGAUGGGGCUACAGGACUAGUGAUGGAAAGUCUUAGGCAUGAGACCUAUGUGAAGAAGGAGGAGGAAAGGGCGAAUCGAGCGGAGGACCUUGAAGACCCGGCCGUAGACAUAACAGAAGAGAUUCCAGCACAGACAGAUUCCCAACACUUUGCUCAACAGCUCAAAGUUCCCAGAGAGACAAGUUCUAGGUUCUAGGUCCCAGAUGGAGAAGAGAGUGGUCCUCAUCACGGGGUGCUCCUCAGGGAUCGGCCUGGGGUUAGCUGUACGCCUGGCCUCCGACUCUCAACAAAGGUUUAAAGUCUAUGCAACUAUGAGGGACCUUUCUAAGAAAGAAUAUCUGCUGGAGUGUGUGCGCGGCUGCCACGCUGAUACCUUCGAGAUUCUGCAGAUGGAUGUCACCGACCAGCAGUCAGUGUUGGCCACGACUAAGAAAAUAAAAGAAGAGCGCGUAGACAUUCUAGUAUGCAACGCUGGUAUUGGACUGAUGGGGCCCCUGGAAUGUCACUCCUACGAAACAAUGAAGAAGAUAUUUGACGUCAACCUCUUCGGUACGGUCGGCACCAUCCAAGCCUUUCUCCCCGGGAUGAAGCGAAGGAAAUCAGGACGGAUCAUUAUUUCCAGCAGUGUAGGGGGCCUACAAGGUGUCCCCUUUAAUGAUGUGUACUGUGCCAGUAAAUUUGCUGUGGAGGGCUUCUGUGAGAGCAUGGCCAUUGUUCUCCAGCAUUUUAAUAUACACGUGAGCCUAAUCGAGUGUGGACCUGUCAAUACCAAUUUUAUGAACAACCUGCACAUGAGUGACCCCAGUGACGGCCAGCUCCAAAGUGUGGACGGGGACACCCGCUCCCUGUACGCCCAAUAUCUCCAACACUGUCAGACAAUCUUCCAGGAUGUGGCGCAGGACACUGACGAGAUCCUGCAGGUGUUUUUGGAAGCAAUUGAAGCCCCAGCCCCGUCUCUACGAUACUUCACCACCCAGUUUUUCAUGCCCCUUAUUAAGCUGAAGUUACAAUGUGCGAGCGGGUCGGAGUAUGUCCGCGCCAUGCACAAGUUUGUCUUUUCUGGAUCGAAGCCGAAGGAGCAGCAUCACUGAAGCCUCUGCGGAGCCCACGCCAUGCGUACAACAUUGCGUAAACGUCAUUCUUCUUCAGAACACAAUCUUAUAUAUAAAAAUAUAAAAAAUUAUCUCUGUUGUCUGUAAUGUGCAAAAACGUUACCAUUAAAGCUAUAGGAAGUCGUGUACGUCUCAUUUCAGUGUACCGGCAGCCUUUCUGCUCGUGCCAUUGACAGAAUACAGGCGCCAUGAUCAGGGUUGUGUUCUGCCAGAUGGGGGGCACUGUGGUACCUAGAAACCAUAUUAUUCAGAAAAGCUUCCUAGGUUUGGUUCCAUAUACCACCGUGUAACCAUGGCGGCCACAUAUGGAGCAUAUACAAUGGGCGGACAAUAAAGGGGCAGUAUGGGCACAUAGCAAUGGCAUUAUAUUUGGAAAAGUGGCUUAUAGUUAGCAUU